UGACUUAUAAACAGGAAGUGAAAGAAGAGCAUGGCUCAGAGCCGUUGUUUUUGUUAGUUUACCAAUCCUCUCGAAUCUGCCUGCAUCUUAUGCCUUUUGAUGGCAUUGUUGUUUUACUCUUUCUUACGUCAUUAAACCUGUGGACAAUGGACAACUGUCUCCAGAGUCGUGAUGUCAGGAAGGAGUUUGUCUAACUGCCAAGUUGUAUCACAGCACAUAUAGUGAGGACAGCAUAGGAGGCCCCCUGACUAGAAUCAUCAGCUCUUCCUGCUGAUGUGACUGACAGGCACAGUGGGCGGGUCAUCAUUGAUGAUGUGGAACAUCUGGAUUGGCUGCCUCCCACAAUAUUCAAGAUGUCCCCUCUAUCUUUGUGUAUCAGUGUGGCAAAUGGCUGGUUGCAUAUUUUAAAUUGAACACAAAUCAAACAGAUCCAUAAAUCCUAUUUAACUGUGUUUUACAGACAUUGUUGAAGAAUUUUACAUUAGACCAGGAACCAUAGGCCUCCUACAGAUAUAUUUUGUGUGAUGUUUAUAUCAAGGUAUAUCAAGGUUAGGGGCAUCAGUACCUCCUUUGAAAUGAACAUUUUGUCACAUGGCAGCUAAGCAGGUGAAUCCAUGUGCAAACACAGACAGGCCAGAGAUGGGGUUGGAGUGAUCAGUGUUUUAUUUUCAUAAUAGCUGGGUUAAGUAGUCAGGUGAGACCCAGGGAAUCCAAUCCAAUCUAACCCCAACCCCGGAAAUGUUGGUGCCAUGCUGCAGCACAAAACUAUUGGCUCACCAAAAGACAUCACUAUUUUAUGUUUACUGCCAAUUAAAAGGCAACAUUAGCAUUUUUUAUUUGAAUCCUACCAAUCUAAAAUGCAUAGCUUGCACGGUGAAAUAAAUACUAAGUAUGAUGUAGAUUUUUCUGCAGUAGGUACUGAAAUUAACAUCCAGUGCUAAUGUUCAGUUCCAGUGCAGGAAGUAGUGUGCCGUUCAUGAAGAAUGGUGUCUGUCAUCUGCCAGACAUCUGUCAUAGUAUGUCUGUCACCAUACUGUGGUUUAUUUGCUGUUAUGAUCAUCUUUCCCUAACAUUAAACAAGUAGUUUUACUUAAAGAUCCUCUCCAGACAUGUUGUAAGAUAUAUAAAGAAUAGAUGAAUGUGAAAACAGCCUUCUAGUGUCAAACUCUGCACAUUUAAGGCCGAACAUCCAACUCAAGGAUAAAGAGGCAAAACACAUUUUUGAGUGAAGGGGACUUUAAGUUGUUGUAAAUAAGAAAAAAAAGAACAAUUGAAAUCUCCAACAUUAAACAUAAUCUUGGGUUUGCAGAAUUACUCAACAUCAAGGUUUUGUUUAAAAAGAUAUCUGAACAUCUUUUGGUUUGAUUUUGAGUUUGAUAGGGUUAGUAUAGACCAAACAAUGAGCUAAAUCAUUCUGGAAAUGGACAAUAUAUUACCACAUAAAUCACAAAGAAGCACCUGCUAUGUAUUUUAGGGAUUCUCAAAACCAGGUCUCUGGCCAAUAAAUAUGGUAGUAAUGACAACAAUGCUCUAAAAAUGUCACUUCUUCUGACAAAUCCUUCUUUCUUGGUAGAUGACCCCAGCAAGAUAAAAUUAAAUCUAAUUUAUGAUGAUUUAUGUGUGUUUCUGAAGCACCUUGACCAUAAGUAUAAACUGAAAAGUCCAUCCAAAUAUUGUAGAAAUCUAGAUAAAAUGUUAUGAAGAAGAGUGUUUGAGAUUAUUGCAGUUCACGUCAAGAUUGAAUGAAAUCAUCUCUCAUGUUUACUCUCAGUGUCAGUAAUAGAAACACACCAUGAAACAUGAAACAAAAGCUUGCUGUUGGUGUUGUUUCAUGUGUUUAGGUUGGAAAGAUGUUUGAUAUUAUUUCCACUGUGGUAGUUCACUGAAACACCAACAUAGCGAGCAGCCAAUCAGAUUGUUCUGAAAUUGUUCCCUCCCAUUUCAUAUGAUUACAUUAAGGCAGAUCAUCUUCUGAUACUGUUUAAAUUAGCUGCUGUCUUAAGUGAAUUAACAAGAAAAUGCUGUUUGGAUUUUAUAUCCUGCUCAUGCUCAGAGUUGGGCGAUGCACAGACAAUCAGAUUUUUGUGACAAAGACUGUUGGUGUUGGAGAUAAUGUGAAUCUGACAUGUACCCGCCAGACAUCUAAGUACGAAGCAACCACCUUGUUCUGGAUCAGGCUUGUUGCUGGAAGCUUGCCUGAAUUCUUGGGAGGAACAUUUAAUAUUGAUUAUGAUGGUGUUGAUAAGACUACUCGUAUUACAGCAAAACAAAAGUCUGGGACAUUUGUCCUGCGUAUUAAUAAAUCUGAACUAAGCGAUGCUGGACUUUAUUACUGUAUAAAAGUAGACCAACUUAAGAUGACAUUUUUGAACGGAACAUUUCUGAGGAUUAAAGGACCAGAACCUGAUAUCACUGCCAUCACUCAAGACUUUCCAUCUGAUCCAGUCCGUCCAGGAGACUCUGUGACUCUCCAGUGUUCAGUGCUCUCUGACUCUGAGAAUAAAAAGUGUCCAGAAGAACACAGAGUGUACUGGUUCAGAGCUGGAUCAGAUGAAUCUCAUCCCAGUUUUAUUUACGCUCAUGGAAACAGUGGUGAUGAAUGUGAAAAGAGUUCUGAGACUCGCUCUCCACAGAAAUGUGUCUACAGCUUCUCUAAGAACGUCAGCUCGUCUGAUGCUGGGACUUACUACUGUGCUGUAGCCACAUAUAGGGAGAUAUUAUUUGGAAAUGGAACAAAACUGGACAUUGAAGCUUCAGUUGUCAGCAGGUGGAAUUUACAGAAGGCCAACACAAUUAUCUACCUGCUAUGUGCUGCUUUGGCUAUAAAUCUGGUUGUAAUAGCCUUCCUCAUAUAUCGCAUCAAGAGAAAAUCUUGUGAUUGUUGUAACGCUGCUGUUGCUCUGCAAACAAAUGCUGAAACAGCCAGUGGUGGUCAACAAAGUCAGCAGAGAUAUGAGAACUCAUUGGUUUAUUCUGGAGUAACCUUUACCAAGAAGAAAGCUGGCAAAGCAGGGAGAAGGAAUGCAAAAGCAGCAGAAGAAAAUUGUGUCUACACGACUGUCAGGGUUUAGGGGUCAGAUUAAUUCACACACCAGAUUGUUUCUAAUAUAAAAUGGGUUUUUUUUAGCACAUGCCUUUCACCUCUGAACUCAUAAUGAUUUAUUCAUACUGUAAAAUAAUGUUUUUUUGAUUUUGGAUAAAAGAUGUUUUGUGUAUCAUUCUGUUUGUUUCAUUACUUCAAAAAAGAAAAUUAAUCAUCAUGCUGCAAAAAUAACAUCUAAUAGUUAAACAUUUAGAAUAGUCUUUAGCAUACCAUAUCUUUUAUAUCUUGUUUACUGUCUCAAGCUUGUGAUGACACCCAAACUGGCAUUUUAAAAGAUUCAUCUUGAAAGAGUUGGUUUGAAAUGAAUUAGCCAUGAGGAGAGUUGCCUAUUUGCCUUUUUGAUCUGAUCUGCAUUUUUAAGGCUUGAACAUCUCAUAUGACGCUUAUCUAUGAAUUCCAUGAAACUGAUGUUUGUGUACAUGUUUUACUUUAGUUUUAAAUAAACAA